GGCGCGGCGCGCCCGGCGCGGGGCAUGCUGGGACGGGGGCUCCAAAAUGGACAACCACAGGGAUGCGCCAGGGAAGGCGAGCCGCUGGUUCGGAGUGUCCCAAUCCAAGUCGGCCAAGACCAGCGUGAACAUCCUGCAGCAGGAGGAGCUGAUCGCCCAGAAAAAACGGGAAAUCGAGGCCCGGCUGGAGCAGCAGGCGCGGCAGAAUUCCCUCAGCAUCCCGCAGCUCCCGCUGCUCGGAGACGACGAUGGCUCCGAGAGCGAGGCCUCAGUGUCCAACAAGUUUGUGAACGAUGGGAGCUUUCUGCAGCAAUUCCUGAAGCUCCAGAGGGAAAAAUCCAAUGCUGAAACUCCUCCAAAUCCCCCCAACAGCUCCGGGAAUGCCCCGGCUCCAAACCCCGGGAAGAAGCCGGCGCUGCUGGGGAAGCGGCCGGGCCAGGCCCUGAGCCGCAUGCUCCAGGCCCGGAGCCUCUCCCAUCCCAAACCCAGCCCCGUCCUGAGCCGCCUCAGCGUCUUCCAGGGCCCGGAUGAGGAUGAGGAAGAGGAUUACGAGCAGUGGUUGGAAAUCAAAGUUUUGCCCCCAGAGGACUCGGAGACGCGGCAGGUGGUGGAAAAGCUGGCCAGGUUCGUGGCUGAGGGCGGCCCCCAGCUCGAGAAGGUGGCCAUGGAGGACUACAAGGAUAAUCCCGCUUUUUCGUUUUUGCAUGAUAAGAACAGCAGGGAAUUCCUUUACUACAGGAAGAAAGUGGCAGAAAUAAGGAAAGAAAAUCAAAAUUCCCAGGCAGCCUCUUCCCAAAAAGUUUCCCCCCCAGCCGAGCUGGAGACGCGGCGCUCGGCCGAGAAACUGGCGCAGAUGGUGGCGGCGGGGGGGCCCGAGGUGGAGGCCAUCGCCCUGCAGAACAACAGGGAGAACCCCGCCUUCAGGUUCCUGUACGAGCCGCACAGCAAAGGGCACCGCUACUACCGCCAGAAGCUGCAGGAGCUGCGCAGGGCCCGCGCCGGGGGCUCCCCUUUUCCCGGGAAUUCCCCUUUUCCUGGAAAUUCUCCUUUUCCCAGCAAUUCCCCUUUUCCCAGCAAUUCCCCUUUUCCCGGGAAUUCCCCUUUUCCCGGAGAAUCCGGCCUCAAACCCGGUCCCGAGGCUUCUCCGAANCCCGUGUGCUUCCCGCCCCUCCCCAUCCCCAUCCCGCCGCCUCUUCCCGCCGCUCUUCCCAUUCCCUCGGCCUCUCCUGCCCCAUCCUCAUCCUCCACCUCCCCUCCGGAUCCGCCGGCCCUGAAUCCCGCUCCGAUCCCAAAUCCCGCUCCGAUCCCAAAUCCCGCUCCGAUCACAAAUCCGGCCAUGACCCCGAAUCCGGCCAUGACCCCGAAUCCAGCCAUGACCCCAAAUCUGGCCGCGAUCCCGAAUCCGCCUCCGAUCCCGAAUCCACCUCCGAUCCCGAAUCCGCCUCCGAUCCCAAAUCCGGCUGCGAGCCCCAAUCCAUGCUGGAGCCCCGGGGCCGGCGCGAUCCCAAAUCCCGGCGCGGGCGGCAGCAAGAGGAAGAGGAAGAGCCGCUGGGGGCCGGAGGAGGAGAAGGUGGAGCUGCCCCUGCCGCAGCUGGUGCAGCAGCUGGAGUCACCCACACCCCUCUCAGUUCAGGACCUGAAGGGGCUGGGAUACGAGAAGGGCAAACCCGUGGGAUUGGUGGGAGUCACGGAGCUCUCCGAGGCCCAGAAGAAGCAGCUGAAGGAGCAGCAGGAGAUGCAGCAGAUGUACGACAUGAUCAUGCGGCACAAGCGGGCGAUGCAGGAGAUGCAGCUGCUGUGGGAGCGGGCGCUGCAGCAGCACCAGCACGGCUACGACAGCGACGAGGAGGUGGACAGCGAGCUGGGAACCUGGGAACACCGCCUGCGGCGCAUGGAGAUGGACAAAACCCGCGAGUGGGCGGAGCAGCUGACGCAGAUGGGCCGAGGGAAACAUUUCAUCGGAGAUUUCCUCCCUCCGGACGAGCUGGAAAAAUUCAUGGAGACCUUCAAGGCGCUCAAGGAGGGCCGGGAGCCGGAUUAUUCCGAGUACAAGGAAUUCAAGCUGACGGUGGAAAACAUCGGAUACCAAAUGCUGAUGAAAAUGGGAUGGAAGGAAGGAGAGGGAUUGGGAUCCGACGGGCAGGGAAUUAAAAAUCCCGUCAGCAAGGGCACCACGGCCACGGACGGGGCGGGAUUCGGGAUCGAGCGCCCGGCCGAGCUCACCAAGGAGGACGACGAGUACGAGGCGUUCCGCAAGCGCAUGAUGCUGGCGUACCGCUUCCGGCCUAAUCCGCUGAACAACCCACGGCGACCUUACUACUGAGGAGGGCUUUUCCCAACAGAUUUCCCGGGAAUUCUUAUCCCAAACUUCAUUCUCCAUCUCUUUCCCCUCAAUAUUUCCUGGUUUUUUUUCUUUGGAAUCACAGCUCCUCCUUCCCCCAUGGAAAAACUUCCCUGGUUUUUUUUUUCC